AUGGCUGCUGAAGUUCCCCUUGUUGAUCAUGAAUAUGUCAUGGAAAUCGAGAAGGCCAGGCAAGAGCUCCGUGGAAUGAUUGUUGAGAAGCAAUGUGCUCCGAUCAUGCUAAGGCUAGCGUGGCACGAUGCAGGAACCUAUGAUCGGGAAACAAAAACAGGAGGUCCAAAUGGAUCAAUUCGACUAGAGGGUGAAUAUAAUCAUAUUGCAAAUAGGGGCAUUAAGGCUGCUAUUGAUCUUUGUGAGGAAAUCAAAGAGAAGUGCCCCAAAAUAAGCUAUGCAGAUCUUUACCAGCUAGCAGGAGUUACAGCAGUGGAAGUCACUGGAGGACCAACAAUCAGUUUUGUUUCAGGAAGGAAAGAUUCUUCAGUAAUACCCCCUGAAGGACGUUUACCAGAUGCUUCUCAAGGUGCAAAUCACUUGAGAGAUGUUUUUGGUAGGAUGGGCUUAAAUGACAAAGAUAUAGUUGCAUUAUCUGGUGGUCAUACACUGGGAAGAGCUCACAAGGACAGAUCAGGAUUUGAUGGACCAUGGACAUCAAAUCCUCUGAUCUUUGACAAUUCUUAUUUCAUUGAGCUGAUUGAAGGAGAAAAAACUGGACUUUUAAAGCUACCAACAGAUACGUGUUUGAUGGAAGACAAAGUAUUUCGUCAAUAUGUUGAAACUUAUGCCAAGGAUAAAGACACAUUUUUCCGUGAUUACGCGUGGUCUCAUAAGAAAUUAUCUGAGCUCGGUUUCAUCGAUCACCCAGAUGAAACCCAAGAGAACACAUAUGAUAGCUCAUUCACAUCAAUCACCAUAUUAAUUGGAGUGGUGAUCACAGCAGCAGCAGUGGGUUUAGUUGCAAUGAUAUGGUCAUGAAAUAAACUAGUAUAA